AUGAACAGGGCUUUGGGAGAAGUUCCCGUAACCGUCAAACUCAGAACUGGCGUGAAAGACGGCCGGAAUAAUGCCCACAAGAUUAUGCCCAGGCUGAGUACAGAAUGGGGUGCAGCCGCUCUAACACUUCACGGGCGGACAAGACAGCAGCGAUACUCCAAGCUUGCAGAUUGGGACUACAUCAAGACUUGCGUCGACGCAGUUCGGGCUAAAGAGGAAGAAGAGGGUCUUGCUACUGUGCCCAUCUUUGGAGGAGGAGACGCCUUCUCUUCUCAGGAUUAUUGGGAGAAGGUGAACCACAGCGGCGUUGACGGUGUCAUGGUGGCUCGAGGAGCGCUCAUUAAACCAUGGAUCUUCACCGAGAUCAAGGAACAUCACGAAUGGGACAUCAGCUCGCGGGAACGGCUCGAAUUGAUCAGGAAGUAUGCGGAGUACGGACUGAGCCAUUUCGGCUCAGAUACAACCGGUGUUAACACCACCCGUCGCUACCUCUGCGAAGCUUUAUCCUUCCAGUACCGCUACGUCCCCAUCGGCCUCUUGGAGGUGCUCCCUGGUCGUCUCAACGAUCGUCCACCGGCGUUCCGCGGGCGCGAUGAACUCGAAACGCUGCUUGCCAGUAGUGACAGCCGAGACUGGGUCAAGAUCUCGGAAAUCUUCUUGGGCCCCGCUCCAGAAUCGUGGAUCUUCACGCCGAAGCACAAGAGCAAUGCGCAUGGCGCUGAAGAGAGCCAGGGUUAA